AUGAGAGUCAUAUCGGAUAAACAAAUUGAAAAUCUAUUGAAAUCUCAAUCAAGAGAAGGAAUCUUGGAAUUCCAAAAAGUACUCAAAACAGCAUUAUCAGAUUACAACAAAGAUCCAACUCUGAUCCCAGAAAGAAUUGUGAUUAAAAGAGACAAUGCAGAAGCUGGUCAUUUCUUUAUGCCUUCAUUCUCUAAAAAAGUUGGUGUUAAAACAUUAGGUGGUUCAAAAAAGGGGUUUAGUGGAGCUGUAUCAAUCAUUGAUCCAAAUAGUGGUGAUUUAUUAGGUGUAUUAAAUGCUAGAUCUUUAACAGCUUUUAGAACUGCCUUGGCUUCCACUAUCCCAUUGGUGAAAUUCGUGGAAGCUGAUAAAUCCAAUCAAGGUAUGACAGUAUAUGGGAAUGGAUUACAAGCUUAUUGGCAUGUUAAAUUAACAUUAGAUUUAUAUCCUGGAUUAUUUACAAAUGUUCAAAUUGCAGUUCGUUCAAUUAAUGAAAAAUCUAAUGAAUUACAAAAAGAAUUAGCUGUAGAGUAUCCAUUAAUUGAUAUACAACUGAUUGAUCAAACCAAAGUUGAUUUGACAAAAUCAUCAGUCAUUUAUGGAUGUAUACCAUCAACUGAACCACAAAUCAAAUAUUCAAACUUGAACAAAACCGAAAAAACAUUCAUCUCAUUAAUUGGUAGUUAUAAACCACAUAUGGCGGAAGUUGAUAAUGAACUAGUUAAAAAGGCAUUAUCAAAUGGUAAAAUUAUUGUUGAUUCUUAUGAACAUACAUUAGCUGAAGCUGGUGAAUUAAUUCAAAAUAAUGUCACAACAUCAAAUGUUAUAGAGACUGGUGAAUUAGAUAAUGUGGAAAAUUCUCAAAUUAAUAAUGGUCAAAAUUUAACAUUAAGUAAAAUUGUUGGAUUAAGUAUCAUGGAUAAUUCAGUUGGUAAUGAAAUUUUAGAAAGAGCUAUUAAAGAAAAUAUUGGUUCUGAAGUGGAAUUUUAA